AUGUCUUUCACUCUCUCUCACACUCUCAAUCUUUUUCCCUUCUCUAUCUUUCUCUCUUUUUCUUUUUCCUUCUCUUUCUCUCUUUCUUUUCUCUCUUGCUCUUUUUCCUUCUCUUUCUCUUCUCUCACUCAUUCUCUUUCCUUCUCUAUCUUUCUCUUUCUUUUCUCUCUCUUUCUCUUUCCUUCUCUCUCUUUUCUCUCUCACUCUCUUUCAUUCUCUCUCUUUCUUUUUCUCUCUCUUUUUCUUUCUCUUUCUUUCUCUCUCUCCUUCACCCUUUUUCCUGUUCAUUUUUAUCUCUCUAUUUGGCUGUUCAUUCUGUUUAUCUAUCUAUCUAUCUAUCUCUCUAUCUAUCUAUCUAUCUAUCUAUCUAUCUAUCUCCGUCUGUUCAUCUAUCUGUCUAUCUCUCUGUCUGUCUUAGUCUAUUCAUUCUAUUUGUCUAUCUUAGUAUGUUCAUUCUGUGUUCAUUCUAUCUAUCUUAGUCUAUACAUAUCUAUCUCAGUUUCAUCUAUCUAUCUAUCUAUCUAUCUAUCUAUCUAUCUAUCUUAUUCUAUUCAUUUUAUCUGUCUAUCUUAUCUGUUUCUUUCUUUCUUUCUAUCUAUCUAUCUAUCUAUCUAUCUAUCUAUCUCAUUCUGUUCCUGCCCCUCUCUUUCACUAUCUAUCUAUCUAUCUAUCUAUCUCAUUCUGUUCCUGCCCCAUCUAUCUAUCAUCUAUCUAUCUAUCUAUCUAUCUAUCUCAUCUGUUCCCUGCCUCCUUCACUAUCCAUCUAUCUAUCUAUCUAUCUAUCUAUCAUUCUAUUCAUCUCUCUUCAUCUAUCUAUCUAUCAUCUAUCUAUCUAUCUCUCAUUCUGUUUCCUGCCCUCUUUCACUAUCUAUCUAUCUAUCUAUCUAUCUAUCUAUAUCUAUCUAUCUAUCUAUCUAUCUAUCUCAUUCUGUUCCUGCCUCUCUUUCACUAUCUAUCUAUCAUCUAUCUAUCUAUCUAUCUAUCUCAUUCUGUUCCUGCCUCUCUUUCACUAUCUUCUAUCUAUCUAUCUAUCUAUCUAUCUAUCUAUCUAUCUAUCUAUCUCAUUCUGUUCCUGCCCAUCUUUCACUAUCUAUUCAUCUAUCUAUCAUCUAUCUAUCUAUCUAUCUAUCAUAUCUAUCUAUCUAUCUAUCUAUCUCAUUCUGUUCCUGCCUCUCUUUCACUAUCUAUCUAUCUAUCUAUCUAUCUCAUUCUGUUCCUGCCUCUCUUUCACUAUCUAUCUAUCUAUCUAUCUAUCUAUCUAUCUAUCUAUCUAUCUAUCUAUCUAUCUAUCUAUUUAUCACUGUUCCUAUCUAUCUCCCAUCCUGGGUUUUACCUUUUACUUUUUUCCAGAUAAUUCUUCCUUCUUUACUUCACUUGAUCUUCUUAUCUGUUCUUUAUUUUAUAUUUUCUCUAUUCUUUUUUCAUUCUUCUUUAAAUAAUUUUCUUUCAUUUUUACUUUUGCUUUUCUUGACAUUUUAUUUUCUUUCUUAUUUUUUCUUUUUUCUUUUUCAUUUCUUUCAUUUCAUCCAUUUUAAUUUCUUCUAA